AUGCAAGAGGAUGUAAGCACCAGCACAAUCCAGGGGAGGGUACUUGACCAAGUGGCAUAAGGGGAGAUGUCAGACAAAAGCCUUCCAGUAGUUAAGGUCUUUCUGCAUAGCACCCCCUUAUGGUUUGAGGGAAGUACCCUCCACCUAUAUUGCACAAGAGGAUCCUUGGUUUAAGCAAGAUAAAAUUACUAACAUAUAUACAGCGGGUCUAUAAUGCAUGUCCGAACUUUACCUUGCCCCAUACUCCAAUCCCAAACCUUUACACCCUCAAAGAAAUAAAACAUAUUGUAUGUUCUUCACCAACAAAUUCCUUUUCCAAGUGUUUGAUAUCUGACUGAAUUUAUGAAAACAUGGCUUUAGUGAGUGUCUACAGGUCGGAGCCCUACAGGUCCUAUGCUAAGUGUGUCCUUGGUACCAAGACUUUGACUUGACCCUCCCCACCCAGCAGGACAAUGGGUGACUGUCCACACCUCCCACUGAGCUCUGCAAUUAUCAUGAUAAUCAUUCUCAGCAGAGGCCUGAUUCAGCUGGCUAGGGCAAAUUAAGAAAAAGGUAGUUGCCAGUCAAAACCUCUACUGAACACUACUGGAGGGGUUGUGUCAAACAGCCCCCUCCUACCCUACUAGUUUUGUGCCCCUGGCCUGAGCCACCCACCCACUGUUAGGGCAGCCCCUUUUUUUUUGGACACCGGACUGCAGGCAAAAACCUAGUGCCCACGUUUUAAUGAAAUCAGACAGAUAUAUAUUGCUACUAAUACUCAAGCCAUAGGAAAAGAGAAAAUAGUUUGAUGGCUCAAUGGAAAUAUUGGACAGUGCAGGACCCUCUUCUCUUAACAUACCCAUCCCAUCCACUUACUGGUACUUCAUACACACUUUUGUAGUUCAUUUUCCCUUUCAAAAAUUCCAGACAGGAAAUCAAGUAAGUAGGUAAUAUUUUUCUAAUCAAUUAGAUAUUAUCAUAACUGUUUCAGGAGAAUGUUCCUGAUCAUAGCUACCACCACAUCAAGCACCAGUUUAUAGUCCAAGACACCAAAAAAUGUGACUGCCCUGCAAAGAUUCAUGUGAGAAAGAUAAUAAAAUAUCCCCAUAACAAUAGAUAGUUAUAUUUAGUAAUGAUGAUCAUAUUUCUUUAUUCUGUAGUGUUCACACUUUAAAACAUCUAUCUUGAUUCAUAGGUUGUGGAUGUGACACAAAAAACAAUCUCAUACUGGGAUGGGAAGCAAAUUAUUUCUCCUGCCUUCUUCAAGAAUAUCAGGUGAGAAUAUCUAAUGUGUUAUACCUUUUUUAAACAAAAUAUCAAUAAACUUUAAGUAUGACUGCUAUUGUCACAAUUUGAAAUCUAUAGAUGUUUUAAUAGUAUAAUGCUAUGUUGAAGGUGCUUUCUAAAGGAAGAGAUGAUGAGAAAGGGACGAUGCUUCAACGAAGGGGAUUGGAUGGAUGAAAUACCCAAGGUAAUAAUAAGAAGUAUCAAAACUAAAAACAAAUAAAAUUUACUCAGUAUAUAGGGUCUUUGUAAGAUUAAUUGACAAUCAGCUAUACAUCUAUGUUGAUCUCGGGAAAAUAAUUGGCACUAAAUUAUGCAGGUAACAAAAAAAUGUUUCAGCAAUGAAAAUAUAACUUCUUUAGCCCACAGUACUGUUUGUUUAAAUUCAAAAAAGAAGCAUUUGUAUUUGUGGGAAAUAUUUCUUAAUGGCGUCUUUUAAAUUUCCUUCCCAUUAGGUAGUUCCACUACAAGAAAAUAACUAUCACUGUGGAAUGUUUGCCUGCAUGGGAAGGAAAAAUUUUUGCAUCAACUGUGUCAUUAAAAAAAAAAACAUUUAAAAGAAAGAAUUAAACUCUUUUUCAAUAACAUCAUAAGUAUAAAACUAAUAAAACCUAACUACAUCCAGUUUGCAGAGCACCUUAGCAGAGGAAGGAAUCCAGAUUUUCAUCAGGUACUUACUCUUACAAAGUGGAAUGCUUUAAAAAUACUUCUUUAUAUUAGAUAUACACAAAUGAUGAUAUUUAUUCAUCUCUUGUUGUCUUUGUUUUUAGACUGACAUGCCCUCCUUGAGAAGAGCGAUGAGGCAAAGAUUGAUUUCCAAAAGUCUCUGGUUACAAUGAAAUACAUGGCCAAAUGACAACUGAAUUUUCUUGCUGUUUUUUCUUGGCUAAAAUUAUCAGUUAACUGGGACAAACAAAUUAACAAAGGAAAAAACAGCAAGAAAAUUCAGUUGUCAUUUGAUCUGUUUAUAAUGAUCUGUUCUCAAUGCAAAAAGUACAAGAAGGAAACAACUCCUUUAUCCCUGGGCCUAGGCCUACCAUGUUCCUUGCCCAGCAUCAAUACAUUGAGAUUCCCUAAUUUCUUAAAAGAUUUAUUUUUUUUAUUUUGAAAAUUUAUGGCAGCUUGGCCAGUGUCCUUUAUACUGAACAUAAUCUAAAACUGCAAGCCGAAGAGGGGGAGGGGAUAACUCCUAUAUAAAAGGGAGGGGAUGCUCGUCGUGUCGUUUAGGGGUGUAAAUUGCAGAUUUUGGUCUCACUUAGGGUGUUCUGGGCAAAACACCACGAUAUUUAGCCGCAAAGGUCUCUUUUAGGGUUGCACUAGAAGAAAUAUUAAAAAAUUCUAUAUUUUCAAUUUGUUUUAUUUACUCGAGUCAUGUGAACAAAGUUUAAAAUGAUCGCUUUUAGGGGUUGGGCCACACCCAGACUGGUCUCCUUUAGAGGUUUAAUUCAAAAUUUCUGACGAGUAUCCCCGCCCCUUCCAUAUGGGACUCCCCCUCCCCCGGGAUUGCAAGUAAGUUAUUAGCUUAUUUUGCCUGGCCUUUUAUUUACAUGUAUUAUUUGCAAGCUUUGUUGCUACAAACUUCGACUAGAUAACAUGUCAAUAAAGUACAUACUUAUCAGUAAAACGUUUUCUUCUCCUCUUAGCUUCUGUCACUGAAACCUGGUUUCGGUCGAUGUUAGAUAGUAUUUCGUAACCCGUCGACACUAAAUAUCAUCGACCGAAACCAGCCUCUGCUAAGUUCCUCGGAACGACCAUAAGCCACGUAAUUCGGCGCAAUACUACUGAGUCUGUUGUAGAUUUAACAGUUUUUAGUAAUAUAAACUGUUACUGUCAAAAAUUGACCCUUUUUUAACUCAAAUUAACUGAUUCUAGCAGCGAUCGAUCAAAUGAGCGGAAGUGGAGGGUUCAUUUGGUAAGACGCCGCUGACAUAUCGAUGACUCAUCUGGUUUAGGUCGAUGUUAUGAUAGUGCGCAUGCGUUCUUUUUUUUCCCUAAAUCGUUCUUAAAAUGGUCCACCAGACGGCUGACAAUCUCAUACCUUCUUGCACAUACAUCUAACGGCUUAUACAAAUUUUUAAAGGUGAAAUUAGAACUGUUUACUUCUUUUUUAUCCAUGGAGUAUCCCAUUUUGGCGUUGGCAAGUCUACCACAUGUAAGCUCUUGGCACAAGUCUCUCAAAUAAAUUCGUCAUUUACAAGCAUUAGGGAUGGUCGGGCCAGUGUUGUGCACCGCUGGCUCGGCUCGGCAGUUCCCAUGAUGAAAACCCCCAAACGUGACAGUAUUUCAUUGACUUUUAAGCUUCUUGGUGGGUGCUGUCGUUAUUUUCUUGCUUUUUGGGGGCUGAUAUACGAGGAAGAAAAAACAAACUAGAAGAUAAAGCCAGCAGUCCGCUUGCCUGCGAGCAAGCGCUCCCUCCCCCUUCCCUCCCCACCCCCUUCCCCCUUGCACACAGGCUAGCAGCGUUUUUUUUCCACUGAAGCAAACUGUACAACAAUCCGCUAAUGUGUACUUCGGAACCAGAUAUGUUAAAAAGUAGAAAGUCGCCAUUCCGCGGCUGCUGUAUCCCGACGCUUCUGGAAUCGAUUUGUGAUUUCAUUUGCAAAAUAAGCGAUCGAUGUUUGCUCGACCUCGAUCGCAAUUACAAGCAUCUUUGCACACAAAAAGGAGUUUUGAAUUGGGGGAAUUUGGCGUGGCAAAUAGUAAGCGUACCUAGUAAUUUUUAAUUAAUUAAUUACUUCAUUCUGUUUUCCAACGUAGAAAAGAAAAGUACUAGCAACAUGUUGAUCAUGGAAGCACUAGAUUCUCCAGAAAUAAGGAAGAACACAAAGGUUACCACCGUGAACCAGGGUCCGAACUUUCAUUGUUAUAAUAAUGACUAUAAUAUUAUGAUAUCAUGAGAGUAAGCCGUUCAGUAAAUUAUUAUUUUUCAUCUCAAAAAUGAAAACAAGGGUAUUUAAGCUACUAAAUUUUAUUUCCAAAAAGAACUCCAAACUCAAAACCAACCAAAUAGUGAAUUUUUAUAUUUGAAUAUUUUAUUUAAAUGACUUGGAGGACCAGUCCCUUGUCUCUCUUCAGGGGGUUUCUUUGUCAUCAAUAUGGUAAUGGCCUCCUUAACGUCCCCCUUAACGGAAAGCCUGUUGGUGUGGUCUUCAUUCUUUAGAACCUUAACAUUGUUUGAGGUCCUCUUAGGGGGGUUAUGUAUGUUUCUAGUCUGAAUUUCAAAACCUGUCAUUUCUCGUAUUGAGUAGGAAGCCGUGUCACUGUCGGUAUUUUACUAUUGUAUUUGCAUUUUUCUCUGUCACUGUCGCAGUUUCAACCCACCUUUGUGUCAUUUGUCACCAUUUCUGCUGUCCUUAAGGUCGCUGUUUCAAGGCCAUGUCGCUUGUCAAAAUGUUACUCUAACAGGGCCUCUUGUUUGGGUGAACGUCAAAUGCAGGAGACAUUCCCGAUAUUGGUGUUAGGUUUCUGGGCAUUGUUCCCACUAGAUGUAGUAAACAAUGCCACACUUUUAGCUUACCCUAAAUGUUCGCUUAUAAGCGCCGCACCCCACUUAUCAGCCCUGCUAGUUAUAGGCCCAUCUACCAGUAAACAAAAAAAACAUCCAGUUACAAGACCCCCCCCCCCCCCCCCCAAGACCCCCCCCCCCUCCCCCAUAUAAGUCCCCCACUAUAUUCUAAUUAAUCAUAUUUUUUUAUUAGGUAAAUAUUAUAUCCACUGUAGGAAAUGUCAUAAUAGCGUACGUUCAAUUAGAGGUUUUAAUUGCUAGGGCAAGACGUGUCUUCAAUAUUGAGCUCCUUCCAUAUCGCCAGGGAGAAAAAUAAACUUCUUUUUCAUUUUCAAAAGUGGGAGAAGCUAACUAAUGCACUUAAUAGUAGUUGAUGUACAGAGGUUCGUAAAAAUGCCACUCUCUUCCUUAGCAGGCAUCUUUAUUGCUGCCGUUGUUGUUGUAAUAUAUAUACAUAUAUAUUUUUCGUUAUUAUUGUUAUCCUUUUUUCUUUUUCUUUUAGGUUAGUAUCUAUUUAAGUGGAAUUGUAUAGUAAUUUACUUUAUUUAAUUAAUGUUUAUUCUUAAAUAACAUUGUAAAACUUGUCUUUAAUUUAAUAAUUCAAUAAAAACUGUUAAAAUAUAUAAUAUAUAUAAGUCCCCCUCUAGUUUGUCUUGAAAUGAAUUAAAUUUUUUUAAGACAUUUUGAAGCUUAAAAAAUUGAGUAAAUUCAAAAACUAUUUUGAUUAGCUGUUAUUUAGCUUGUUUUGGAAUGCGUUUUUUAGUCCGGUUAUAAAUUCCCCCAGAUAUUAGCCCCUCCUGACAUAUCCCCCCAUUUAUAAGCCCUCCUAAAACCUCUUAUGAAGUUGUAUAAGCCCAGGGCUUAUAAGUGGAAGUUUAUAGUAUCUGUGCGGUGUGGUUUUUAACAUGCUUGACUUGCUGUCUCUGAAAAAAAAGUUAAAGUUAAAUGGUUUGUGCUAGGAGUGAACUCCAUUAGACUUCAAAAGAUCAACAUUGAUCUGUGUAGGUCAUGUUUCCUGGUAAAUAAAAUGUUAACCUGGCCUUGCUUUCAUCCUCUAGGUGAACACAGGCAAGAAAGAAUCAUGUGUCUUAUCAUGCUUCUUAACCUAAGAGGUGAACUUGAUAUUAGGAUACAGAGAGUUGAGAUAUUCUAAGAUUUCUGAUUAGGUGGAACCUUUAGGCCCCGAUGUGCAAUUAAAUCACAGGAAAAAAUAACAGAUUCCCAUUUUUGGAUAUUUUAGGGUAUUUAAAGAAUACCCAUAAAAAUCCCAAAUUUGGCAAAGUGAGACAAGUCCAAACCAGGGAAUUCCCAACCAAGUUCCCUGGUUGGGACUUGUCUCACUCUUCCAAAUUUGGGAUUUUUGUGGGUAUUCUUUAAAUACCCUAAAAUAUCCAAAAAUGAGAAUCUGUUAUUUUUUCCUGAGUGUUAUAUGAAAUUAAUACUGUUGACAAUUCAAACAAAAUAUUUAAGUGUUAAAUAAUUGUUUUGUUUUUUUUUUGCUCUGAGUUUUGGAAUUCUUUUAUUAAUGAUAUUUUUACCAGACAUUAGAUUUCCAUGGACAACUUUUUCAGUGAUAGCUAAUUAAACCUUGGGUUUUAUUUCACUUCUUUACAAUUGACCUUUGCUAACUAUAUUUGGAUCAUAAUUUUUUGCCUGGAGGGGACCCUUUGGAAUAAAAUUAUAAACCAAGUUAAAAUAUUUAGUAAUCUCCAGCAUUACAAUAGUGUUACUUAGUAGUUUCAAUUUCACCAGAACCACUAAUUAAUGAAAGUGAUGAAGAAGUAUUUUUAAAGUGUCACAGAACUUAACUCUUUCAACUAAAAGUAUAAUAUUCACAAAGAUUCUUUGUGAAUAUUAUACUUUAGGUUGAAAGCAACCCUGUAGCAAUGUGUUACUGGUGUUUGUAUCCAGUGGUUAUUUUACUAAGAAGGAUCCAUUCCAAAUAUAAUGGUUUUUAA